GACCCGGAGCUGCUCAGGAAAGCCGGGCUGGGAUGAGCGCGGACGGGGACCUCCGGGCGUGAGCCGCUCACGGGGGAGUGUCUGUUUUGUCCCGGCCGGCUCCAUCUCGGUGCGAAACGCUCGGGAGUCCCCAAACAUGGGCCGGCGGCGGAGUUCGAGGAGGAGCAGGGACGCGAGUCCCAAGAAAGAGUCAAAGAAGAAAACAGGGAGACAAAGUCAUAGCAAAGAGCUAAACAAAAUACCGUGGCAUCUUUCUGGUAAAUUACCUUUCCCUGAAGACUUGGAUCUCUCAAUUAUUGGGAAGGUGAAAGAAACUGAGCAAGAUGAAGAAUUUGGUGAUUCCUUUGUUGCCCCUUUACAUAGUACAGCCUUGUAUUCGGAAGCGGAGGAAAUCUGCAGACCUACUGAGUGUCUGAUUCCUUCACUUGAUUCCCCUCCACCUGCAAAAAAGGCCAAAACAAGCAUGGAAGUGACUGAAAGUCAACCUGAGGAAGAGGAAAGUUCUGUAAUGGGGAGAACAAAAAAGGCAUCGAGAAAAUCCAAGCCAAUAGCUGAUGAUACUGAAUUGGAAAGCAUUUCAGGCAGAAUAACACGUGUGGUAAAGGAGAUGAGAAAGCAGAACGUUAGAGCUUCCUCCACUGUGCGUUCUGCAGACCUCCCAGGGAAAUCUGCGGAAUCGGUGUUUACUAGUGAACCCUUCCUUGUUGCUGAAAAAGCGUCACUUGUCACCGAGGGUGAAGUGAAGGCUCCUAGGAGGAAGCGGGCCUCUCGUGGAAAGAGGGAGAAGCCUCAAAAUCAACCAGUAAAACCAGAGGAGAAGAAGAAAAGAUCUGCCAGAGAUAAAGCAAAGUCAUCUGUUGUUUUAUCUGCAUUUGAGGACGCUGUGGUAGAGUACAAGCAGCAAGUGGAAUCUGUAAUUUGCCAGAGAGCAAUUGACAGUUUUUAUUCUGUCUUUAAGGAACAGCUUAUUAAAAUUCUUUCAGAAGUCCAGAAAUUGAAAGACUUGAAAAGGAAGAAUGCUAAGGUGAUUAAAGAUAUCAAUAAGAAAAGGAGGUGCUUGUUUGAAGCCCAAGAUCAACUAAUUAGGACCAAACCAGAGUUGAAACAUCUACAAGUAAAAUACGAGGAACUUAAAGAAAGAAAAUCUUCCCUCACAGAAGCAACAUGGUUUUUAUCUGGUUUAAAACAGCUUCAUCAUGAUUAUGCAGCUCUUAAAAGGAAAACCCCAACAGAAAGAGAAAGGUAUGACUUGUCCAGCCUACCAGCUCUGCUGUUUGAAGCAAGAGGCAUUUCAGGAGCAGCACAACACCUGACAAAGAUCAACUGUCACCUCCAGCAGCUCGUCGACCGCAAAUGAGAGGAAACCUGCCUUAUGUAUACCUUGGAACAAACUUUUUCUGGGAAAGAGUUAAGUUUAUAUAUUUAGCUUAGCAGAAUUUAUUAAACUGUACUUGAUUAAAUAUAAAAGCCAUUAUUUAAAAAAAAUGCUUUACAGUAAUUCCUGGUCAGUGAAGGUUUUGUGAAUAGCUUAAAAAAAGGCGUUAGUAAAAAACAAGUUAACUUUCAAAUUUAAAGGGAUUUACUUUGAGUUGAACAUACUAGCUAUUAAAGCAUUCUUUAAUAACACGUGUAUACUAUGUGUGUACCCAUAUAUAUCCACACUCUCUAUAAUUUAAAAUGCUGAUCAAAAUAGUUUCGAAUGGAUGAAAACACUGAUGUCUAAUACUCACUUUUCUCCGUUGAAUUUCAUUUCUGAAUGACAAAAUGUGGCAGUAUGAAUUUUGCAGUACCACAAAUCUGCAAAAUUAGAUUAUGUAACGUGACUAAUAGAAUAAUUGUCAUUUCUAAUUAUUUUGCCUGGGUAAUUCAACUAAUUCAAUAGCUUAACAUUUGUAGCCUUCCUUGGUCCGUUAAAGCAUUUCAAAAUAGACUUAAAACUUUGAGGAAAUGGAUAGUUACUUGUCAAAAAAUACAUUUCCCUAAGCCACAUAGUAUUUUUUCUUAACUUUGUUUAAAAGAAAAGCUGUAAGAGAAUGGAAGGGAGGUGGAGGGCCUGUAACAUUCUGCUCACAUAUGUCACCAUCCCCCCUGAGCUUUUUUUUAACCAUAAGGGAAAUGUUUUUUUUUUUCUUAUCUUGCUGCUUUUAGUUUUUGCAUCAUAUAGUGACUCCUUCCCCCAACCCGGCAAGACUUCCAUUUUAUUUCAAGUACAAGCAAAAAAAGCAGCUCUGUAAAACUAACACCCAGACUUUCUUUGUAAAUGUAUACAGUAUUCCACCUCUGCAAAAAUGGAAGGUGGCAUGGUUUCUCAAUUCUCCUGGCACCAAGUUUGGUUAUUAAAAUUACUGUUUAGUUUUGGUUCUUGUCACGUGUACUGUUUUCCUGGUUUAACUUACUUCCUUGUUAUCAGUUCAUAUAUGUGCUGUUUUAGGCCUUCAUAUUUGUUAUUUUCUAACAAAAUAAUAUCCCAUGACAUAUAUAUGUACCACAGUUUUUUUUCCUACAAUAAAUGAAGUUUUUCCUAC